AGCGGAAUCAUAAGAUAAGGAUCCCAGGAUGGUGUUAGUGCAUGUCGGAUAUCUGGUUCUUCCUGUAUUCGGCUCAGUAAGAAACAGAGUAUGGAGGCUGGCUCUACAUUCUGCAUUUAUCAGAUCUUUGUCGUCCCCCCCAUUGUGUAGCUAAUGAUCAUCUGCUGCUGUGUGGUGUGGCGUGGCCUCUGCCUGUUCUCUGCAUUUAGCUGUAUUGUGAAUCCCUUCUUCAUUUCCUCUUUCCAUCAGAAGACGACAUUGGUAUUAAAAAGCACCCCCUCCCAAGAUGUAUUCAGCCAUAGACUUUUCCAUGUUAAGCAGACUAAAAAAAAACAACAAUAGCUAACACCUAGAACAGAGCACCUUUUUUGUCUUUUUUUCUGUCAAAUUGCUGUAGCACUGAGUAAACAUUUUAGCUCCUUUUUUUUAGAUAUCAGUUGAAUGUCAUUGUGUACCUCCCAUCCAGUCUUGAUAGACAACAUGCUGUAAAUUCCUGUAAAGUGGAUACAUUUUGCAUGAUCUCAAAUACUGCACUGCAUUGUUGAACACCAGAAUUUGGCUCAUCUUCCUUCUCUUCACACAAGGUGCAAUGUACAUGAUGAAAGUGACCUAUGAUUUGGAAAAAAAACAAAAAAAUACAUGCAAAUUGGAACCACAUGCAUGCCAUAUUUAUUGUUAAACUCAGCAUUUCAGCUAAUGCUGCCAUGUGAUCACUGGAAAUGACUGAAAGUACACUGCACCUGCACACAACAACCUGCCAUAACUUGUCUCCAUUUUUGUGUAAUCCUUUUGUUCCCUUUGCAAAUUUCAAGCUUUGAAUCACACUGAAUUGUCAGGGCUGUUUGCCAUUUAAUAGGCAAACGAGACUCUAAACAUAUAUAAGCAGGCAAAACAUGCUCACUGGUGGUUCAUUAUUUCCCAAUUUUUCCCCACUAACAUAAGGCCAAAAUGCUAUCCAUUUCACAGGGAUGCCUAUUUUCCUGCACUGCUAAAGAGAUCCUCUAUUAGUAAUAACGUCUUUAUUGUUUGGUUGUGGUCUCUCUUUACCUUUUGUUCUGGUAAUAGUACUUUCAAUGCAUGGUCACAUUUAUGAUUCAUAAUUUUUGGUUUUUGUUUUACUACAUUGACUAGUGAAAAUCCAAUGUAAUCUUUCUGUAGUAAAGAUGUUACCCUGCUGUACUGGAAUCAUGUGCUGUAGCCAACACGUCUGCUCAUUGGAUGCCGCUUUUGUUCUUUUUAACCCUAUAUGGAGCAUGGUGGGCCUUGCCUUCAGUCUAUGUUGUUUAUUUUUGUUGCAUGGAUUUAUACUAUUAUUACAAACAAAUAAGAAAAAAACACAAAUUCCACAUAUACUAAUAUUUUUCAAUAAAGAAUAUAGUGUUUUUCCUAACCUUCAGUGUGCUUCUUGCUGAUUUCCAUUUAUUGUCCUCCCUCUCCCUUGUCCCUACCUGCCCCCCUCCCCUUCCCCUCUCCCUCCACCCCCCACCCACCUCCUCCUCUCCCUCUGUGACAAAGAUAGACGAUUUCCACGCUUCCUCCAUCACAGGGCCUGAAUGAGUCUAUCUGCUGUCAUUCAUGGUGACGUUUGAAAACGCAGUGUGCUACUUACAGUUAAGACUUGAGCCUUUGACCCACAGCAGCAAGGUCAUCUCUUGUCUGCCCGGCUACAGUGACGAGGUGUCAAGCUGAAAAUAUUGCUGGAAAGUCAUACCGCUACCUCUGUCUGGUUGUGUUUAAACAAAAAGAAAAAAAUCACACUGCAUUUUUCAAGCGUACUCCUAGUAAAUGCAAUGUAGACUUUGCCUAUUUCAUCAUGAUUACAAAAAAAUAAAUAAAAUCCUGCUGUUUACAUCAGAAUUCGUCAUGUCUUUUACCCCGUCAAAGCAGAUUAAACUCAAACUGUUGUGUAAUUUUGCAUCUUCUACUACAAGGACUGCACAAUCUAAACUUUUAGCCUUCUGAAAAAUUCACUGUUUGUUUCUGCCAGAUGGAUAUAAUGGAGCACAGCAUUUUGAAUGUAGCUCCUCCGCAUGCCUUUCUUGGGCCAAGAUUUCUUUAAAACUUUCUAAUAAAGACUAAAUUUGUUAUUCCAAUUUUUCAGCCAUUUCUUAAUCAAAAAGGUCUUUUCUAAGCCUGAGUGCUGUAUUAAAAACAUAUUUCACUACAGCACAAGUAAGCCUGGCUUUUUCUCCCUGUUGAGUCUCGACAGCAGCCUGUUCGCUGCAGUUGCCAAAUAGCUGUGGUUAGGGAGAGUAAAAAAAGCAUUCAAGCUAUUUCCUCUCGACUCCUGAAUGUUCAUACGGGAGAGGAUCCAGUAGAGCUGUACUGUAUGUGUAAGAAACAAGAUACAGUAGAUUUCAGUGAAGCACAGAUGCAUAAUGUUAAAUUUAUCGCCUGGUUUCAUUUAUAGGGAGGAAUGAAUUGUUCUUUCAGGUCAUAUAGAUAGAGACUUGGCACCUUAACAGUUUAAUGUAUAUCUUCCAGACAGCUAGGUACUAAUGGGUUCUCCCCUGAGUGCACUGACCCACUGUCAGCUGCAAAAUUUACAAGAAUUGAGCUGCACUGAAGAUUAUAUACUGAUAGUUGCAGACUUCCAUCUGCUCUGAUCCAGUCCCCUUUUCUGUGAAUCAGAAGACCAGGAAACCAGAACCAGAGGUCAGAAAUGAAAUUAAAGAAAUGAAAGCUCAUGUUUUGUGUGCAGGAGCAAAAAAAAAAAGGUUUUCAUUUUCAUGGUAUUUGUGGUAACCAUCAUUUUCCCACCCCCACAGAAGUAUUUUUCACCAUAGGUAAGAGGAUCCCAUUUCAACCGGCAACAGCAACAGCAGCAGCAGCAGCACAGCCAUGCUACCUCUUGCCGGCACUUCCAGUUAGGUCCUCAGGCCCCGCUGCCCAUGGACUUCCCCAUGCCCCACCCAGGGCAGCCACAGUCAGGCAUUAACCCCCACCUGGCCCCUCCCGGCCACCAGCAUGGCCCUCCACUCCACCCACCCCUCAACCCCCUGCCCACCCCCCAGUUCCAGGACAUCCCUGCCCCUCCCUUCCUACCUCAGGCAUUACACCAGCAAUACCUCCUCCAGCAGCAGAUCCUCGAGGCCCAGCACCGACACAUCCUGCCACCCUCCAGUAGACGCACCCCAGAGAGAGUUCCUCACCAGCCCCACAGACUGCGGCCCGGCUACGAGUUUGCCCCCCCUCUUCAUGUCCCUCCUCAGCCUGUGGUGCAGCAGCCCCGCUACCUGGCUGAGGGCACAGACUGGGAUCUAAGUGUAGAUGCUGGACUGCCCCCUCACCAGUACCACAUCCACCCGCUACCGCAGCACUAUCAGCACUACUUGACCUCUCCAAGGAUGCACCACUUCCCUAGAAACAAUGCCUCAACACAAGUGGUUGUCCAUGAGAUCAGAAACUACCCAUAUCCCCAGCUGCACUUGCUGGCUCUGCAGAGUCUCAACCCCUCCCGCCACGCGUCUGCUGUUAGAGAGAGCUACGAGGAGCUUCUGCAGCUGGAGGACAGACUGGGCAGUGUAAACCGUGGAGCAGUCCAAACCACCAUAGAGAGAUUCACUUUCCCACAUAAGUAUAAAAAGAGAAUACCCCAGGACCUGAAGAUGUGUCUGGAUGACGAGGAGCUGGACACUGAUGAGAAGUGCACCAUCUGUCUGUCAAUGCUGGAGGAUGGAGAGGAUGUCAGGAGAUUACCCUGCAUGCACCUCUUCCACCAGGCGUGCGUGGACCAGUGGCUGGCCACCAGCAGGAAAUGCCCCAUAUGCAGAGUGGACAUUGAGACCCAGCUGACCCCCGACAGUUGAUAGCACCUGUCGACUCCUGCAGCUUUGGAUCUGGUCUCGUGAUUCUCCAUCGCCUCCCUCUCCUCUCUCUGGUGGGAGGGGGGGGGAAAGCUCUGCCAAACACCCCUCUUCCCCUCUGCAUCACUCAAUGAGCCUGCCUUCUGAGACAGCUGUGACAGAGGGAUCAACAAAGCACACUCACCUACAACACAGCGAGGGAUUGGGGUUGAUGCGUAGAUAGGUGGCUGGACUGAAGGUUGGUUGAAUGGACUUACUGGAUGUAAAAGGUAGGAACGGACACGUAUGAACAGAUGUGCUGAGGCUUCACACGACUCUGUCCGACUGUGCACCCUGUGUACUUUUCUCCGUACAGCUACCAAGAGAGGACACUCUGACUACCAACCACCCCAGCUUGUGUGGCGUAUUAAGGCCAUUUCUCUGCCACUAUAUCUAAACCCCUUCCCAGGCCUGUGAAAAAUCCUUUAAGCUGCACUCUGCCCAAGCCCUCAGCACAUCUGUACAGAACAUUAUCAAAUGAUUAGCAUGAGGUUGUUUGGUGUGAGCCCUUGUAGCUGAACGCUUGUGGUGUAAUGGAGUAUAGUACUGAAUAAGUAUUUACAGAGUAACAGUGUUGUGUAGCAAGCAAAAGCCUUUUCGCUUUGAGAAAUAUGUUUGUGAAAAAUAAAACCUACAGAGAGGGUGAAUACAGCUCUAACAGUGAGAAUUAUCAGCGUGUUAAAUCUCCAUGGGCGACGAGGAGAGAGCUGGUUGUGUGUAAAAAGGCCAAAAACCCCUCGUUCUUGUCUAACAUGGUUUUGGAUUUACAGUUAGUAGAUGCCAUCAGAGUUGAUGCUAAACCCGCAAACUGCAGGCAUGGCUUCCAGUGAUCUGUGUAGUGUCGUAGUCGGGCCUCUAUAAUCUAGAGCAGAGGCCUGAGAUGUGCAUGCUGUAUGGCAGGCUUGGGCUGUGUUGUUAUUGUGGAGCAGUAGAAACAGGGACUGUGUCUGUGCAUGUGAACCGUAUACUAUGACUCCGACGAUCCCACUCAUUCAUAGAGGAGGACAAGAAUGCACCAAGAAAAAAAAACAAAACCCUUUUCCCCCUCCCUCCCUUUACACCCUUCCCCACUCAUCCUGAGUAGACCAAAGUUGCCCUUAGACACCGAUCUCAGACCAUUGUAGCAUUUCUCUCCUAACGUUAGGAUUCAAAGAGCUGCUAGCAGGUCUGUGUCUAACAGCAACUCCUCUCUGUGGCCUCGCUCAUGGCAUGAUCAUGAGAGGCCGGCAUGGGCUUGAGGAUGCAGUGCCUGAGUCUUGCCAUUAGAGUGAAUAAAAUCUGACAUUUGUAUUACCUUUUACCAGAACCUUAUUGCCUAUCGAACAAGCACAUGUGAUUUCUAUAUACAGUGAAUUGCCUCUGUUGUGUAUCGGCUCCUUUCAUUUCAAUCUAAGUUGAUAAAAGACUGUCCGGUGUUACAGGGAAAAUACAAACUAGUUUGCCUGUGAUAUGUGCUAGAAUGUGUAUGAUUGCCCCCCACCUCCCCCUCCCCCAUGGUAGUAGUGUAUGGUAUUGCUAGAACAACUGUGAUAAUGUUCAGUGAUAGAAGCCGUUUUCUCUAUAUCAUGCAUGAAACAUGUCGGCGUAGUUUCACUUGAAGGAGGGUGAAAGGGAGAAAAAGCCAUCCAUUUGAAAAAUACCAAACAAUUGUUCUUAACAUUAAGUUUAAAAUUUUAUUUCAAUUGUCUUUUUCUGCCAUUUG